AUGUAAAUUAAGACUAAUAUUAUAAAUUCUGAAAUCGAAAAUGCUAAAUUUGUUGCCAGAAGAAUUUUUGAAAAUUACGAUAAAGGAAAAAAAGGGUAUUUAGAAUUAUAGGACUUAGAUCCUAUGGUUAAGGAUGCUUAUUAAUCUUUUCAUAUAGAUUAUUAUGGAUAAAAUAACCAUAUAGAAACUUAUAAAUCGGUUUUAGAUACUAAUAAUGACGGAAGAGUAACAUAUUAGGAUAUUGAAAAUCUUUGUCUUAAAUAUUUAUGUGGAAUAGAACAUGAUUAAGAAGAAAAAGCAAGAAGAUUAUUUAAUAAAUAUGAUAUUGAUAAAGGUGGUUUUUUAGAAUAAAAUGAAAUUAUUUUAUUAAUUAAAGAUACUUAUAAUGAAAUGAAACUUACAAAUUAUUAACCUACUUAAGAAGAUUUAAGAGUUUGGCUUUUAAUGGCCGAUUCAAAUACUGAUGGUAGAAUUUCAUUAGAAGAAUAUGAAAAUAUAGUCAUUAAAUCAUUAAGGAAUGCUGGAAUUAAAAUUGAAUAAUAAAAAAUGGUUUUUUGA